AUGAUCCUGGCACCAGCACACGCUAUGGCUUGCCUGGUGGCUAUUGCCCCUUUGUCCUCUGGCUUCCACGUCCCUGGCCCAGCGUUGCGACAACAAACCGGCGGUAGCAGGAGCAUCGGCAGGGCGGCGGGAUCGAGCCCGGUGAUGAUGACCGCCGGCAACAACGACGGGACGGACCCCAGCGGACCGGUGACCCGCGCGGGGGCCCUUCAGAGGGCAGCGGCCGGUCUGAUUGGCGCCGGGGUGGCUCUGCCGGCGCUGGUAGCGGUCGCCCCGCUCGAGGCGCAGGCGCGUAAGGCUGGCGUCAACAGACCGGACCUUUUGCCCAAGGAGCAGACGAACGUGAUCGACCUGGUGUCCAUGCUCACCAAGGGGCAAGUGAAGCGCAUCAACAAGCAACUGGAGGACCUCGAGAAGGCCACGGGAUACCGGCUGAGGCUGCUCUGCCAGAAGUACCCGGAGACCCCUGGUCUCGCCGUCAAGGACUACUGGAAGGUGGAUGACAAGACGAUCGUUAUGGUCGUCGACAGCGGCGAUGACGACAGGAAAUCGGGGGCAGUGAACAUCCUCAACUUCAACGUGGGAGACGGCUUGCGCCUGGGCCUGCCUCCCCAGUUUUGGCAGAGGUUGCAGAACAAGUACGGCAACAGGUUCUUCGUGAGGGACAACGGAGUCGACGGGGCCAUCAUCAGCGCGGUGGAUAGCAUCACCCUGUGCCUCAGGUCUGAAACCGGAUUCUGCGUGGACCCUCCGGACCUGAAGAAGGUGGCGAACGACCAGGCUGUCUUGGAGAGCAUCGGGAGGAGAUGAUGGGCCGUCAAUCGAGCAAAUGAUUAUGGUGUGCUUGUUUCUACCAGCAGCGGCAGCAGCAGCGUGCACCAAUAGAAAAGCGGACGCGUUGCCUUACUUGGCAGCGACGACGUCGUCAGGAAUAGCUAGAUCUAGACGGGGUGGCUACGAUUUUCGAUGUAUGAAAGCACAUGGUUUGUUUGCCAAACCCGACGCUUCAAUAGUACAGAGACGUACAUGACUGAUUCUACCAAGUCCAUGUACCAAAACUGGGUGUUCUCUUGCCACCACUACACUUCUUUUGGUGUAGCCUUAGAACUUUGAAACUGUCGGUAGAGCCGCCAUGCAUUUUUUUCUCUCACUAUUGUUUGUUAAAUGGACGGUGCGUGCGCUUGUUCGUGACCUUUGCAAGUAACUGGUACCACCGCUCUUUUUUAACAAGAUGGGCGAAUUU